AUGAGCCGCAGAAGACAGCAUGAAGAAGAAGAUGGAUACGAUCGAAUCUACAAAAAACGUCGACGAGUAUCUGAAAAUCAAGAAAUUGAAGACAGACUUGAAUCUUUGAUACUUCGGGUUGGAGAAAAAUCUACAUCUUCUUUGGAGAGUAACUUAGAAGGUCUAGCAUCUGUUUUAGAAGCUGAUUUAGGGGUUUUCCGGAGUAAAAUAUUGCGAAUCCUUACUGACUGUGCUAUACGAAUGCCAGAAAAAUGCACAAUUUAUACAACUCUAGUAGGAUUAUUGAAUGCUAAGAAUUUUAAUUUUGGAGGAGAAUUCGUAGAGUACAUGGUAAAAAAUUUUAAAGAAUCUCUUAAAAGUUGUAAAUGGGAUGCAGCUAGAUAUUCACUACGAUUUUUAGCUGAUUUAGUUAACUGCCAUGUUUUAUCAUGUGGUUCUUUGAUGCAAUUAUUUGACAACAUGCUUGAUGCAGCUAAUGAAGACAGCGUUCCACAAGUGCGGCGUGAUUGGUAUGUAUAUGCUGUACUAUCAACUUUGCCAUGGGUUGGACGAGAAUUGUACGAAAAGAAAGAACAGGAAUUGGAUCACUUGAUGGUGACAAUAGAAAUAUUUUUAAAUAAAAGAAGCAAAAAACAUGCACCUGCUCUUAAAGUAUGGUCAAGUGAUACCCCACAUCCUCAAGAAGAAUAUCUUGAUUGUCUUUGGGCUCAAGUAAGAAAACUUAGGCAAGAUAAUUGGGCGGAAAAACAUAUCCCUCGCCCAUAUCUUGCAUUCGAUUCAAUAUUAUGUGAAGCAUUGCAUCACAAUUUACCAAUUUUAAUUCCUCCACCCCAUCAUGAUUCUUAUGUAUAUCCAUUGCCAACAACUGUAUUCAGAAUGUUUGAUUAUACUGAUUGUCCUGCUGAAGGGCCUUUACUACCUGGUAGUCAUGCCAUUGAACGAUUUCUGAUUGAGGAACAUCUUCGACAGAUUAUUGAUAAUUAUUUUUUUGAACGAAAAGAUUGCGCUGCCAAUUUACUGAACUUCCCAUAUAAAACUAAAAUUCCUCUUGAUUAUUGUAUUGUUGAAGUAAUUUUUGGAGAAUUAUUUAAAUUGCCAACUCCUAAAUAUUUAGAAAUUUGUUAUGGAUCUAUUUUGAUAGAACUUUGUAAAUUACAACCAUCAACAAUGCCUCAAGUUUUGGCUCAAGCUACAGAAAUACUUUUCCGCCGUAUAGACAGCAUGGCAGCAGCAUCAUUUGAUCGUUUUGUUUGGUGGUUUGCUUAUCAUUUAAGCAAUUUUCAAUUUAGAUGGUCAUGGGAAGAUUGGGAUUCAUGCUUACAACGGGAUAUGGAACAUCCACGGCCUAAAUUUAUUCGGGAAGUUUUAUUAAAAGCAUUAAGGUUAUCUUAUCAUCAAAGGAUAAGAGAUAUGAUGCCAGAAAGUUACGCGGAAUUAAUACCUGCUGUACCUGAACCAAUUUACAAAUACACAUCUGAAGGUGCAAGUUCACUGCCUGGCACAACUGCAGCUCAUGAACUGGUGGUGUCUAUUAGACGUAAAUGCACUACAGAAGAAGUUCUGAAAGUGUUGAAUACAUUACCAGGUCAAGGAGAAGGUGAAGAAUUAAACAGUAAUGCAUUGAAAAUUGAUGUCUUCGUUCAAACAUUGUUGAAUCUUGGAUCUAAAAGCUUUAGUCAUAGUUUUGCUGCAAUAAGUAAAUUCUACGAUGUCUUCAAAGUUCUUGCAGAUACAGAAGAAGCACAAAUAUGUAUUUUACGGAAUAUGUAUGCUUUAUGGAAAAAUCAUUAUCAAAUGAUGGUUGUCUUGACUGAUAAAUUUUUGAAAACUGCUAUUAUCGAAUGUAGUGCUAUAGCUAAUUGGAUAUUUUCUAAAGAAAUGGCAUCAGAAUUUACGAAAUUAUAUAUCUGGGAAAUUCUUCAUCUUACAAUUCGUAAAAAGAAUCAACAUGUGAUUAAAUUGUCGAAAGAAUUGGUUGAAACGAAAGAAAAAAUGAGACGAGCUGAAAGUAGAUCUGGCUCUUCCUCUGACGAAGAUGAAAAUAAAGAUAAGGAAGGAGAAAGACCCACGGAAGAAGCACUAGAACGAAUGGAAGAGCAGUUAGAGGCUGCACAAUCAGAUCAGAAGAAUUUAUUCCUUAUCAUUUUUCAACGUUUUAUAAUGAUAUUAUCUGAACAUUUAGUUCGUUGUGACACUGACGGCAUUGAUUAUAAUACUCAUUGGUACAAAUGGACGAUUGGAAGACUACAGCAAGUUUUUUUAUCGCAUCAUGAACAGGUGAUGAAGUAUUCAUCAACAUUAGAAACACUAUUGUUCACCCCGGACCUUGAUCCUCAUAUUUUGGAUGUAUUUCACCAAUUUACAUCAUUAAGAGCGUAAUUUUAAGAGCUUAUUAUUACAAUAUAAAUGACGAUUUAUUCGUAAUUCGGUUAUUUCAUUCAAUAAUUAUAUUUUUUGCGAACAUUAUAUUAAUUAUCAGUUUUAUCUCAAACUUUAUUUAUUAGGAUCAUAGAAAUAUUAAUCAGCACUUUUUUCAGUUACUAUGAUCUUAUUAUUAUACGUAAUUUUGUGUAUAAAUAUUUAAAG